AUGGCCACCACGGCAGCUGCCCAGCCGCUCCUCUACGGCUGCCUCAUCAACCUCUACAAACAGUCCCUCGAUGGCUACGUCGUCGCCACCUCGUCCGCCGAGGCCCCGGUGGGGGUGCAGGUCGACUCCCCAGAGAACCCGCUGCGCUACGAGCAGACCGCCUUUCUGCUGCAACGCGGUGAUUUGGUGGAGGCGAGUGGGAGCCGGCGGGCGGGCGGCGAUGUCGUCAAGUACGGCCACACGAUCCGACUUCUCCACUACGCCCAUCAGCAGCCCCUGAGCUACCACACAGAGCGCCCUGCCGCGGGGAUGAAGGGCAACCUGCGUGCACUGCUGGAGAAGCGCGGAAAGAAUACGCUGAAGGUGGAGAAGUGGCGCAUUAUGCCGCGCUACCGCCUGCGCGUCGAAGGGGAGCCCGUCGCGGACGGAGACCCGGUGGUGCUGCAGGCCGCCGACGGUGAUCGCUAUUUGAACGUCGCGCUCAACGUGGACGAGGAGGCGGCGGACAAUGGAUUUCUCGAGGUGAGUGUGGGCGAGGACACGCAAGGCUUUCUCAUGUGCCUCUACGACGGCGACACGUCCCCGCAGAUGCGGGUGCCCCCGCUGCGCUGCGGCGACUGCGUGACGCUGCUGCACACGGAGGAGCAUAAAUACAUCUUGGCCGACCCAACCAAGAAGACGUGUGUUCUGCGCACCUCCGACUCGCACAUGGCAGACGGCGACGGCGCGGCGACCGGGGAAGCCAACGCCAGCGGGGAGCAGGCGGUUGCCUGGUACGCAGCCUCGAAGGAAGAAAUCAGCUACCUCUCGCUCUUCGUGGUGGAGGCUGCGGAUGCGCGAAAGGGCGGGGCGCUGCGCACUCGCGGUGUACGCGGCUGCUACCGCCUCAAGUCGUUAUCCUCCGGGCUGUAUCUGCAAUGCGGCGAGGUGGCCGCGAGCGCUGCUCCUGCGAACGGUGCGGGCGGUAUCCGCGGCAGCAACGGCAGCACCGCAGCGGCGGCCGGCUCCAACAUUCUGAGCUCCCCCACGUUCCCAUCCGGGCUGACGGGCACGGGCACCAAUGCGGACUUGAACGAGCUGAACUCCCCUGCGGGGGCCGCGGUGCCGACUGCGUCCCCGAGUGGCGUUCCGGCGAGCCCUACAGCAGCGGAGGAGGUGAUGAGCCCGACGCGUCUCUCUGCCGCCGCUGCUGUGAAUGGUGUGCGCGCUGGCGCCGGCCGGCCGGUGCGUCAGACGAAGUACACCGUGUCCCUCACGCCCUCCGCCAAAGCACCGGGGACUCUCUUCCAGCUCCACAGCGCCUCCUCCGGCGACGAGGAGCUUCUGGCAAACGGCGGGCGGGUCUUCUUGAGCUGUGUGAACAGCAAGAACCGCAAAGUGUGGGUCGUGGCGGGCGGUCCGGCGCCGACAGACGGCGACGACUCCCUCGAGGCGGAGACGACCAUCGCCUCCUUGGCCCACCACGCCAAGACCUACGGCAGUGUUCUCCUGCUCGGCGAGCGCCAGAAGUCAAUGCGCGACGGGAUCGAAAUGCGCCGACUGCAGCCGAAGGCGCUGGAGGAGCUGUACAUGAUCCGUGGCCUCCUCCCGCCGCUGCAGAAGUACGUGAAGGAGAUGUCAAAGGGCAUCGGCAACCCAUUUCAGGUCCGGCAGGCACGCGAGAACCUGCGGCAGCUGCAGCAGCUGUGCCACCGUGCUGCGGACGCAGAGGAGGAGGCGGGCCCCGAGGAGCUCAUGAACGCCCGCAACGUCGGCGGCGGCGUGUUGAACCCGGAGUGGCAGAGUAAGGUCUUCCAGCAGGGUGUGGGCGAGUUGGCGCUGCGGGUGGUGAAGGCGACGCUGGAGUGCCCACACGUGCGCCCAGAGAAGCUGUCCUCGAUGGAUAUGGUUUACCCGCAGACGGUUGACGCCUCUCUGGCGGCUUCUGUUUCUGCGGCUCCUGUAGCUGGUGUUGUUGCUGGUGCGGGUGCGGAGGAGAAGAGAAAUGCAAAGGGAGAGGCGCUGAGUGACAGCGGCGUGCUCCCGCGGCCGUCGCCACUGCCGUCCGUCACACUAGCGGCCUCACCUCCCACUCUAUCAGCCACGCUGGACGACAGGAUCGGCUCCUCGCCUUCGGCCUCUUUCGUGCCGAUGCGCUACAGCGAACUGGGCGAGCUGGUCGCGACGUGCUUUCAGCUCGUGCGUCUUUUACUGUACAACCGUCCACGCUACGCAGAGGCGCUGCAGGGCUACGCCGACUUCGUCAUGCAGUGCACCUACCACGUCCCCUCCGCCUUGAAGUGUCUUGCGGCGUUCUACAGCGACAACCCGACCUUCGUGGAGCUGCCGAUGGCGCGGCACCGCCUCGACUUCUUCCUCGACAUGCUCGCAAAGCGCGGCCGCGAGCCGGACGUUGUGCACCUCCUCCAGCUCUUCGCCUGCUGCGGUGGGGAAGGCAUGGUGGAGGCGCAGAGGAUCAUUUUGGACUUCUUCGCGAAGAAUCGCGCGGUGGCGCUGCGGCUGCUGUGUCCGAUGCGCCGCAUGCCCGUCGCUCCGGAGGUACGUGAGGCGUUGCUGUCGCAGCUCCCGGAGGGCUCGCCGCGGUUCUCGGAGCGGGCGGAGUCGUCACCAGCGGCGGCGGUGCCCGACGGCGGUGGGGAGGUGGCGGGGAAGGACGAGCCAGAGGGGAUCCACCGCAGCCGCGGCAAGUUCCACGUGGGCAGCCCGCUGCGUCUGUUGAAGCUGCAGAAAACAUCCAAGGCGAGCCCGACGACGGCGAGUGCGGUGCGUUCGCCGGCGUCCCCGACCGUGGCGGAGUCCGCCCUUCGCCUCGGCAGGGAAGUGGUGAUGGUGGGCAUUCCGAACUCGCUCUUCGCCGACCCCGAGAGUGGUGGCGACUCGCUCUCCAUCGCCACCUCCACGCAGUACCGCGCGAAGAGCAGCAAGCUGGGCGAGCUACUGCAGCGUGCGGCAGACGCGGAGGACAUCAGCGCCCUCACCUUCUUCCCCCUGGAAGGAUUGUCCGUGGUGAUGCAGGACUGGCCGGAGGUGAAGGACGUGCUGGUGCCUUAUUUGGUCGCACAGGUACGGCUGCUGGCCGCGCUGGCGAACGGUAAAAGCAAGGCGACCAGCAAGCCCUUUAUCUUUGAGUGGCUCCCGCGUCUGGUGCUGGUGGAGACGCUGAAGAGUGAGGCGCUGCCGCGCCAGCUGCACGCCGCGCUGCUGGAGCUCUUCGCGAAUGUGAUGAUGGACGUGGCGGGGGCCGGUGACCUACGCGAACAGAUGCUAAACAUCCGCUGCGUUAUCACGCGUACGGGCAGCGCGGCCGAUGCCCCGGCAGCCUCCGCGCUUCAACUGACGAUGCGGAACGUGCCGGAGGAGCUGGUGGCGGCGAAGCAGGUGGUGGUGCGUUACCUGCGACGUACGUUGAUGAGCGGUGACGAGAACGUCGCCGCGGAGUAUCUGUCGGUGCUGAACCUAACCGAUGCGCUCGUGAACAUCGGCGCAUUCGAGCUGACGGAGUACGACACACUCCUUCGACUGCUGGUGCAGUGUGUGGACCCAUCGUGCGACGACCAACGCACCUACCUGGAGGUUCAAUCUGUCUACGACUGCAAGUCGUGCGCGCUGCGGCUCAUGAACACGCUUACCGACGUCCUUCUGGUACGGGAGGCGCUGAACCUGGUCGACUGCUUUCGUAUGGAGAGGAGGCCGCCCACCUACAGUCAGAUUACAGCGCUCAAUGUUCCUGCCACGGCGAAGAAUACGGCUAGCGGGGAGAGGGGUGAGGUGCAGCGGUGGUUUGGCAACGGAGAGGCCGAGAAGAGUGCCGCCGUGGCACCGAACGGAAGCCCUGGUGGUGAGAGCAGCAACACGUAUGCCGUGGAAGAUCGCACGGCGAAGCCGGGGCUGACGCCCAUCGCGGAGAUGUUCCGCGCCCUGCUCGACCUCGCCAACCGCAGUCACAGCUCCGUGAUUCAACGCCAGGUCAUUUGCCUUUUCUUUCGCGUGACAAACUUUCUGGAGGAGCUGCGCGCCACCGCCAUGCGCGUGCAGCUGCUGACGUCCGAGGAGAGCAUCGGCUUCUACGCUGAGAUCGACCGCACCUCCGUUGCCUUGGAGGAGCUGACGAAGAAGUCGUUCAGGCGCUCCAACACCGUCGCACUCGCCAACAGUGCGCUGGACGCGUUGGGCAAGUUCAUCGCCAAAGCGAAGUACGGCGCCGUCGCGGAGAAGCUGUCGAUGAUGCUGCACCUCGGGGUGCCUUUGCAGCUCAUUCGUUUGCUGACGCGCCUCACAGUGCCGCUGCCGGAGGCGAGUCGUCAGCUCGCCUUCAAGGCCGUGACGUUGAUGCAGACCAUGUCACAGAACGCACGCAUCCGCGAGGAGCUGCGCGAGGCCGUGGCGGAUGCCUCCCCGCUCGUUUACCAAAACACAAACUAUAUCGCCCUCCUGCGUACGCUGUUCGUGUCCGACGCCGACAACGACCACGCGCAGAUGCCCGCGGGGCUCCUGGCGGACGUGGUGAGGUGUCUGUACGUGCUGCACUCCACAGAUGAGGCGAUCGACUUCUUGUGCGACUGGCUCGCCGCGCGUGGUGCCUCGGGCCACGUAACGGCGCAUCGUCAGCAGCAGCUGUGGCGCGCCAUCGUGUCGGAUCAACAGGCAGAGCGCUGCAUUCAGCUGCGCCACAGCUGGUGUAGCGAUCAAGGACGGGAGCUGCGCGAGAAGCUUUUGACCUCCGACGAGUCCUACGACCCCAGCGGCCGCGUGGCGACGCAUCUGAAGAUGUGCCGUCUGCUGUUCCUCGUGGCCAACAAGACCGAAUUCGUCAAGUCGGAGGAGAUCCGCCAGGAGGUGUUUGGGCAGAACAGUUUGGAUGCCAUGCUGCAGGUCACGACGGACUCGAUGCUGCCCGUGUACUUCAGGGAGCCAUACACGUCGCUGCUGCAGGCGCUCGUGCUGGACGAUUCGAUGGCCGCGCCGUCGCUCUUUGCACACCGCGACUUUCCUGACUUUCUGCGACUGUGCAUGAUAGACACCGUAAGGUACGUGCAGCUGCUCGGCGGCAGCUCGGUGUUUCCCGAGGUGGAGGAGGAGCUGGAGCGGCGAGAGGACGCCGCGCUGCGCUGCCCGCCGAAGAACGCCACGGAGGAAGAAAUGAAUGAGGCGCGGUUUGGCUGCGGCGCCUACGAAAGCUUCUUUUUUGGUCCGCUGUGCGCGUGUCUUCAGCGCGUCUGUGCGCGUUACCGCAGCGGUGUCUCGCAGCUGUCAAACCGGGUCCGCACGCAGCUGGAGGGGGCGAUCAACGAGGUGGUCGACGCGUUGUGCGACGUCAUGCAGCAGGUGCUGGCACCACGCUCACCCAGCGCGGUGCUGUCCGAGCCGACCACGGCGGGGGUGAACUCGACGCGCGCCGCCAGCGUGACCACCGCACCGUUUCCCGAGACGCAGUGGACGGAGCAGCAGACCACCAUCCUCCGCAGCUGCGUGUGGGUGGCGAAGGAGAACGGCUUCUCCGGUACGGCGCGGUGGCGUGGGGCGGCGUUCGCGCAGGUGUGCAGCCGACUCGACGCGUACAUCGAGACGAUGACCACCGCGACGACGACGGUGAAGGCGCCGCCUCCUGCCACUGGGAGCAGCAAAGAUGCGUCGGAUGUGGCGGCGUCGACGCAGGACGGCGCGAACGUCCUGACGGGCAAGUGGACAACGUACCUGCGGGAGAGCCUUCUGAGUGACCCCCGCAUGGCAGAGGAAAACCGCCUUCUCUCUGCUGCUGGGAUUCUCCUCCGCUGCGGGGUGCGCGGCACCAUCUUUGCUCGUAUGCUCUUCACCGUCAUGCCGUCUCUUCAGCGCUACUACCUGGUGAGCAUCUUAACUCUGGUGCGGCAACUGGUUGUGCUAGCGCCGAACAACCCGUACGAUGACAGCGCGCUGCUGCCCCUGCACUUGCAAGACGCGGACAUGCCUUUUAUCACCAUCACCACUUCAGUGCCGUCGCGGCAAUCCUUUCUCGCUCGCUGGCCGGGCGACACAUCACUGGAGGUGCCGGUGCCUCUGAUCGCGGUGGUGAGUGAGUUUAUUGGGUUCGGCAAGCACGACGUGCAGCGGGCCGCGUUGCUGGCCGGCUGCACGCUGCUCAUGAAAGGGAAUCGCAGCAUGCAGGAGUGCUUCUACAGUUACUGUCGCCGCAGCGCCAACGAGCAGCUGUUUUUCGUUCUGCGCAACCACCUCAUCGAGUUCAAAGAUGAGCUGCGCACCUACUACCACGCUCUGGCAAACGGCGGCACCCCGUCCGAGGCGGUGCACUACUUGUCGCAGAUGGAGAACUGCCGGCUGGAGCUGAGGCUGCUGCAGCUGCUGUGCGCGGGACAGUACGCCCCUCUGCAGACCUACCUCGUCGCCCAGCCGGACAACAACAUUUCAGUCAACGUCGUGGAGGCGCUGGUGGAGUUGCUCUCGAUGGCGCCGAAAACGGCAAACGAGGAGACGUCCGACUUCAUGCUGCAGCUCCUGUCCACCACCGCGGAGUCCCUGCAAGGGCCGUGCUUGAUCAACCAGGACACGUUCGUCGCCUACAAUGCCGCGGAUUACCUUACCCUGCUGCUGUCCGAGUACGACCCCUUUGUUAACCCCGACGCGGUGUUCUCGAGCGUCGAGACGGUGGUGCGCCGCGUGCCGUGGUACGAGGCCCGCUUCGGCGCUAAGCACAAGAAGAAGAGGGAGGCCGCCCUCGUGGAGGAGGCACGCCGCCGGUGCCGCAACCUGCUCCAAACCAUGGCACUCUCCACGCUGUUGGCGCUGAUUGAGGGCCGCGACGACUCGGCCUUUGCCUCGAAGCUCAUUUCGACGGUCGACCUCUCCGUGUUGGGGCGGUCCAUGGACCGCAGCGCCGCCACCUACGAAGCCCGCCACGGAUCCAUCGUGCGCAGUCAGACACGCGGGCUGCUGCGUGGGGAUGUGGAGGGCUGCCGUGCAGUGCUGGCCCGGUACCUGCGCGACUACAUCCACUCCGACUACCCCACGGGGCGCCAGGAGCUGCAGGAUGAAUUGGCGCUGGCCGUGAGCAUCUACACGUUUUUCAGAGCCUGCCAUGACAUGCACACGCUGGCCGUGUUGCGGUCUCACCGAGCCGGGACGGCCGCGCAGCACCGCCGUGGCGUCUCCCAGGACGUGGACGAGUUCGUCGACAAGAAGGGGCAGAGCAUCCGCCAGGUGCUGCGCAAAACGCGCUCCUACCGACAGGUGGCGACGAAGCUGGCGAAGAUUGAAGUGGUGAGGGAUGGACGGCUGGAGCGGGUGUACUUCCGAAUGCUGAAUACCGCGCUGGACAACCUGCUGCACUACCGCAAACAGCACCUGAUCGCGUCGGCCGUGCGCACGAGCGACAACGAGCGCAUCCAGUACUUCUUCAAUAAAGGCUCGGAGGUGAUCGUCGAGGUCGCCUGGUACGCGCGGCUGCGACGGUGUUUACUUCUUUUUAUGAUGAACUUCUUCAGCAGCGAGAUCAACGCGGUGGGGCUGGCGAUUGUGCUGGCGAUCAACCUUGUCAUGGUCAUCGGCAUCCGCGCACCGACCUCGCCGUACGAGGACGGCACGAGCGACGGCAUCAACCGUGCCCUACGCGCGUUGGGCAUCGCGGACAUCUGCGUGCAGGGCGUCCUAGUCAUCCAGGCCUUCUUUGGACCCGCCAUCGUGAGCUACAAAAUUGGGUGGCAGUCGUGGAAGUCGUCCAAGGCGAGUCGGCUGACGAAGCGGGCGGACAACGACAUCGCGGCGGAUCGCGGCGAGGUGCUGCAGCGUGGGGAGGACACGAUGCGGCCGACGUGGUACGAGUACGCCGUGUACAGUCUAUACUUCAUCUUCACCGACGGCCUCUUCCUCCUCCAGGCCUUCUUUCUUUUUGUGAGCAUCAUGGGCUUUGUGCAUCAUCACAUUUGGUAUGGGUUGCAGCUCAUGCAGGUGUCGCUGAGUAGCCCGGUGCUGGCGAGUUUGUUUACUGCGCUGGCGAACAACGCCGCCUCGCUGGUGCUCACCUUGGCGCUGCUGCUCAUUUUUGUCCUCUUCUUUGCGAUCAUCUCGUUCUACAAGUUCUCCGACCUCUUCAACCCCCUCAGCACGCGCAACAACGGCUUUAACUGCUACACGAUGUCGCAGUGCUGGCUAGUGCACGUGGACACGCUGCGCAGCAGUGGCGGCAUCGGAGAUGUGAUGGACUGGCCCAUCUUUUACUCCAAGGACGGGUUUGGCUACUGGACGGAGUUCUUCCGAAUGUGCUACUUCGUCGUGGUGAACCUGAUCGGUCUGAACCUCUUCCUGGGCGUCAUCAUCGACAGCCUGGCGCAGUACCGCCUGGAGCAGCAGUUCGUCAAGACGGAUCAGGAGAAGAAAUGCUUCAUCUGCGGUAUUGAGCGCAACGUGUUCGACGUGGUCCAGCCCGGCACCUACGACACCCACAUCGGCGAGGAGCACAACAUGUGGCAGUACCUCUUCUUCCUGCACUACCUCUCGGAGAAGGACCCGGAGUCCUACACAGGGCAGGAGGCGUAUAUACAUCAGCAGGUGCUCUACCGCGAUGUCACCUUCUACCCGAUCGGCAAGUCGCUCGUGCUCGGGGCGAUGGAAGGGGGUGACGCGCCGUCGAGCAAGGCGGACACCGGUGCCAGUCGCGGCUCGGGCGGCGGCGGUGGCGGUGGCGGCGACGACGGCGCAGGCGCGGACGACGCAACGGCCCAGGCCGUGCUGACCCUUGUGGAGGUGGCCCUCAAGACGAGCAUUGACCCGCUGAAGCGGAAGUUGGAGGAGAUGGCGGAGAGCGUGCACGAGGUGAAGGAGAAGUUGAUGCCGUCAGGCGGCAGCCUCGAAAGCACAUCUGCCUCCGCGCAUCCUCGAGGGAUCGGCGACGCCGUGCACCCCGAUCGCUCGCCGUACGGCCGCACACGACGCACUCGCAGGUAA